AGGAGAAUUAAGACAAAAAUAUUCCGGAAGGGGAACAAAAAGCAUUAUUUAAACGUCAUGUGUGUACAAAAAAACAAAUACUUCUGUUCUUUGUAUUGAUAUACUUUUAUUCAAUGAGUAAUCAGUUGUUUUCUUUGGAUGGAAAAGUAGCCGCUAUUUCAGGAUGUACGCGAGGUCUUGGUAAAUGUAUGGCUUUGGCACUUGCUGAGGCAGGAGCAGACGUGUGUUUGUUACAACGAAAUGUGGAAGACAAAAGUGUUUAUGAUUUAAUUGUUUCUAUGGGUCGUCAAUGUGAAGUGAUAUAUCUUGAUAUCAGUAUUCAGUCCACUUUACAACCUGCUAUUGAUCAAGUCAUUCGUAGAUUUUCAAGAAUCGAUAUUCUUGUUAACAGUGCAGGUAUUCAAAAAAGAAGACCUGCAGUUGAUUUUCUGGAGGAAGAUUGGGACACGGUAAUGCAGUGCAACUUGAAAUCCGUUUGGACCUUAUCGCAGGCAGCCGGGAAACGCAUGGUUGCACAACGCUCGGGUAAAAUCAUUAACAUUGCCAGUCUGUUGAGUUUUCAAGGCGGGAUUACGGUACCUGCUUAUUCCGCGGCUAAAGGUGGCGUUGCCUUAUUAACAAAAGCACUUUCCAAUGAAUGGUCACAACAUAACGUGAACGUCAACGCAAUUGCUCCUGGUUAUAUUGCCACCGAUAUGAAUACAGCGUUACUUGAGGAUGAAGAGAGAAGUAAGCAAAUCUUGGGUCGUAUUCCUGCAAAUCGAUGGGGGUCUCCUGAUGACUUUAAGGGUCCAGUUGUCUUCUUGGCAAGUCAGGCUAGUAAUUAUGUAAAUGGCGAGAUCUUGGUGGUUGACGGUGGCUGGAUGGGUAAGACAGCUAUUUUCAGUUUUUUUCAGUUUUUUGUUUUUUUGUAAUUGUUUUAAAUUUUGUUCUCUUAUAGGAAGAUAAAGUAAGGACAUACGUUUUAUUAGUAAACAGUAGUUCCGUUAUUAUUUUAAUUGUGUCACUAGUGUGA